UGCCAAGGGCCACUCUGUUAGGUUGCGCAUAGGCUGCAGUUUCAGUUUGUUUUAUUCACCAUUUUGAGUAGCUGAAGGUAAAAAAAAUAAACUAAAAUCGCGUUUGGAAGACAAAUCGUUGCCUUAGAUUUAGUUUUACGCUGUAGCCGGGGCGUUGGAGUUGGAAGGUCUCGUUGCGCCCUUUGGAGUUGCAGAGCGGGACGAUUUUGUUUUUAUUUUUCUAGAUUUCCUUUCCCUUUUCUUACAUUCUUAACCUCUACAGUAUUUCUGCAAAAUGUCAAGACCAGUGAGGAACAAGAAGGUGGUGAAUUACUCCCAAUUCCAAGAGUCUGAUGAUGCAGAUGAGGAGUAUGGGAGGAACUCAGACAAGCCUAAGAAGCCUCGUGCGGCUCCUCGUGAGGUGAAGCGCAAGCGUUCAAAGAACUCUCAGGAGGACAGUGAGGAUUCUGAUGAAAAACUCUCAAAAUCCAAAAAUGAUUCUGCAGAUGACUUUGGUAGUGAUGAAGGCAACGACUUUGGAGAGGAGGAUGACGAGGAUGGAGGGAGUGACUUUGAAGCUAAACGAGGGAAAAAGGGAAAAACAGCCAAGGUGGCAAAGCCCACUAAGAGGACACCCAAGAGAAAACGACCUGCAGAUGACAGUGAUGAGGAGGUGAGUCGUAAGGUGCGUACGGUGCGCCAGGCUGCCACCAAGGCCGUGUCCAAACAGAGAGAGAUCCUGCUGGGAGACGGGGGCAGUGAGGACGAGGAACGUGAAGACAAAGAGGAGGCCUUCCCAGACCCUGAUGAGUCGGGCAGUGAUGAAGACUUCAUGGUUGAGGAUGAUGAUGAUAGUGACUACGGCCGCUCCAAGAGCAAGAGGAGCAGCAAGAAGGUGAUCAGACGGAGCAGGCCGGAGAUGAAGGAGAAGAAAUCCCCCAAACCAAGACUAAAGGCCACCGUGACCCCCAGCCCAAUGAAAGGAAAGGGUAAAGGUCGCUCAAGCGCCGCCAAGGCCCCGGAGAAGAGCUCGCCCAAAGAGGAGGAAGAGGAGGAGCCAGAGAGCCCUCUGGAAGAGGAAGAAGAAGAGGAGGAGGAGGUGGUGAAGAAAGACUCCUCCCCCGCUCCCAAGAAAACUAAGGAGGUACCUGGGAAGGAGAAGAAGGAAAAGGAAGACGCAGAGGAGGAGGAGGAGGAGGAGGAAGAAGAGGACGGUUCGGAAGAGGACGCACCCUCUGGGGAAGACUAGCCCCACAGAAGUUCCACCUCUCUCCCCUUCCACAUCUUUCUCUCUUAACCUUACGUUUUUUGUUUUGUUUCUCUUGGUUUAGAGGGUUUUAUUUCGGUUUCCGUGGUGGCCUGGCUCAAUGGUUUGAACCUCGUGGUGUUGUUGUUUAGUGUUAGUUUUUAUCUUCCCCUAAUGAAUGAAUGACUGACUGAGGACAGUGUCUGUGCAUGAGAACAUGUAUACCACCAUAUGGCUGUGAGGGAUGGAAGGAAAGAACAUGUGAGAUUUGACUCUCUGUCCCAUCCACCCCAUCACUGUCCGCUCUGCUCAGCUACACCUCCACUGGCUCACCUUUCCUCGCAUUUCUCAUCUCCUUCUCUGCAGUGACUGCAUUAGUCUUUCCUACACAAGUCAGUGUGAAUAUCAGAAAACAGUUUCUUUCGGCUUUGUUAGUUUGCCUUUCUGAGAGCUCAGUGCUAGUAUGGAUCCGUCCUCGACAGUCGCUUGGUGUGUAGAGUCGUUAGUUUUCUCUCUGCAGGUGUGUGUGUAAGUGGGCCUUCUAUAAAAAAUAAACUUUCUACAGCCAUUUUCUUUCUACUCCUGUCUCCGUCCCUCUCCUCCUCAAGUAAUCUCUAGUCUGACAUGACUGGAAUAGGUGCAAGCAAUGUAGUGUAACCCUUGCUUUUGCCUAUCCAGUAGAGUUAGAUCAGGGAUUACUAACUGAGCCCUGGGUUUGUUCAGCCAGUCUGGGUUAGGGUCUCCCUCUCCAUCCUGGUUUGUCAGUGGACUGCUGGUGUUCAAUCAAAGCACUUUAUUCACUGUGCAACACUACCCAUUGGUUCAGUCGGAACCCACCGCUGACAAAUCAGAGAGGGCCACACUGGAGACUCUUGAGGGAGGAUAUGAUGUCUGUGUUUCCUGUCUAUUUCCCUGUAUCUAGAUUGCCCUCCCUGAGGUACUCGGCCAACUAACCCCAUAGCACUGUGCAGACAGACACUGCUUUUGAAACUCUCUCAAACACAACACGUUUUAGCAGGAAGGUUUUUAUGGUUGUUAUUUCAAUGUUAAUUUAGUUGAAUUAAUGCUCUGUUAUAUUUCCCCCUACUCUGAGGUUAUGCCCUGGUCCUGUGUCAAGGACCGUCAGUUUAACACAUACACAAAGCUUGUUUUGUUAUUGAAUAUGUAACGGUUCAGUAAUGUGCUAGAAGGAACAGAGUUGAAGAUCACUGCUUUGCAGUAGCAGUGUGUUAUUGUGCUUUAGACCGAGUGCUCUGAGCUUCUGCUAUGAGCUGUAAACGGUUAAUGAUGUGGUGAUUGAGGGGUCAUGGAAGCAGGUCCUGGAUCAGCCCUCCGAGAACCUCUUCUUCAUGUGUCUUUACCGUGUGCUGGUAUUACUACAGUGCAAGGGUGUGAUGGAGCACACACGCUCAAGGGGUUUGGUGUUUCCUCACCCUAUGCCCUCUUCCUUUGGUUUGUGGUUCAGAGAUGUUAGAUGCUUUGAAUGCCUCAGCUGGGCAUGAUACAUACACACAGAACAUCCUCUCUUGUUCAACCCUUUGUGCCAGGCAUCCCCAAGCUUUUUUAAAUUGAAUUGAGAGUGUUUUUUUUUUUUGAGUCCCCAAAUUGAUUUUUGUUUUUGUUGGUUUGCUUUACUUCUCUAUUCAGAUUUUUUUUGUAAUGUUUGUUUUUUAAGAAAAUAAAUAAAAAUGUAUCUUGAUUUUAAAGAAAAGUUGACCCUAUCCAUCUGUUUUUCUGCUGUGUUAUAACUGUCUGGGAGAGCAGACUCAGCCAUCCCUCCUUUCUGUUCCACUCACUUCCUUUCUCUCAUUCGAUUCUCAUCUCCUGCUCCUUCACUCAGUUCAUACUCACUCCCUCUUUCACAGAAGCUUGAUGCCAGCUAAUGUUUUGCUCCACACCUCUGCUCUCCUCCACAACCAAGAAACACUAGCUGUAUUUCCCCUACUCUGCCCUGCAGAGAUCUGAUAUGACUGGAUAGGUGACAACAAUAUGAAGGAAUAUAGGUCAAACCACUGCUUAUGCCUUCCUGGUUGUUUCUGAUCUGCAAAUGGUGCGGAGGUGAGAGACAGCAUGAAAUGAGUGCUGUUUUUCAACUCCCUGGGUUGAAAAACUUUUGAGCCAAACCUAUGGUAUCAAAAAGUGUUCUUGGUCUAUAUGGAUUCAUUAUUGUUUUAGCUGAGAAUGAACUCUACCAGUUAUUAAAACGAGUUUGGAUGCUUAAAGAUUGAA